AGACAUAGUCUAGUCUAUUGUGUCAUAUAAAUAAUUGGGACUUUUUUUUCGACACAAAAUAAAAUGCAACAAAAUUUAUUGAUGACAAUUGAAAUUUUGUUGAUAUCGUUGCUGGCGAUGAGCAAUACGAUAGCUGGUGACAACAUUUUGUCAAAUUUGGCCGAUUUGGCUAACAUUGGUAACUGUGGUCUACGGGUUAGUGAAAGUGAAGAUCUGAAACAAUGCAAACAAAAGGUUACCGAAGAUUGGAAACUGGAAACAGAUGUCAAACGUCAGGCCUGUUGUCAGCCGAUAGCCUUUCUGGACUGUACUCUCAAGAUUGCUAAAUCAGUUUGCAAUGACCAGGAAUACCAGCAAAUGUCAAAAGUAGAGAAGUCAACCGUCCAACAGGCGGACACAUCCUGUCUUAUCUAUCGUCAAACUCCAUCCCUGUGCGGUACCAAUACUAUACUACCGAUCUUUUCGUUUAUUAUAACCUUAGCACUGGUAGUCGUAACUAUUGGCUAA